GCAUAGUUCACAGUGACCGUGUGGAGAACUCUCCUGUGUCAGAGAAGCAGGCAGAAUGUGAAAAGCUUCUCCGUGAGGAAACCUGUGGGAAAAAUGUUCAUCAGAAACAGAAAUUAAGUCAGAAGUCAGGAACUGGCACCGAGAAGAAGAAAACAAUUUGUGAAAUCUGUGGUAAAAUUUACAAACGACAGGGUUGUUUGUUGAACCACAUGAAAACUCACGCAGACGGGAAGCGCAAUUCUUGUGAAACAUGUGGAAAAACUUGCGUUUCACAGAGUGCUUUGUUGAUUCACAAGAGAACUCACACAGGUGAGAAACCGUAUUGUUGUGAAACAUGUGGGAAAGGUUUCGGUUCACAGAAGGAUUUGUUGAUUCACAAGAGAACUCACACAGGUGAGAAGCCGUAUUCUUGUGAAACAUGUGGGAAAAGUUUCAGUCAACAAUCACAUUUGUUAGUCCACAGGAGAAUUCAUUCAGGUGAGAAGCCAUAUUCUUGUGAAAUAUGUGGGAAAAGUUUCAUUCAACGUAGUAGUUUGUCGACCCACGUGGGAGUUCACACAGGUGAGAAGCCAUUUUCUUGUGAAACAUGUGGGAAAAGUUUCCGUUUGUGGCAUGUUUGGUCGCGCCACUUGAGAGCUCACACUGAUGAGAAGCCAUUUUCUUGUGAAAUAUGUGGGAAAAGUUUUCAUGAAUGGCAUGUUUUGUUGCGUCACAGGACAACUCACUCGGGUGAGAAGCCGUAUUCUUGUGAAACAUGUGGGAAAAGUUUCGGUCAACGGUCACAUUUGUUAUCCCACAGAAGAAUUCAUUCAGGUGAGAAGCCAUAUUCUUGUGUAACAUGUGGGAAAGGUUUCAGUAGGAAGAAGACUGUGCUGAACCACAUGAGAACUCACACGGGUGAGAAGCCAUAGUCCUCUCGUGUGGAAAAAGUUUGAGAAUAAUUUCUGUCAUGUGAGAACUCCCAUAGAGAUGAGUUCUCAAAGACACUAGUAUUUCUCAUUCGCAAAGACUAGUUUGAGCCCUAAAUCUCAAGGUAUGAUCCAGUUUAAAAGAAACAUGUUUUUUGUUUGUAAUUUGUCACAUAAAAUGAGUUUUAUUCUUUUCCCCCUUUUGUAUGGAAUUACACUGAGGCUGAGAA